GCCGUCGCCCAGAUUCCCUUGCACUGCCGCUCGCAGCUGCUCCAGGAGCACCGUUGCUCCGGGGCUGUUCCCGCGAAACGCCCGGGGGGACCGGCGCGCCCGGCUCUUCCUUCCUCCCGGGCGCAUUUCCGGGCGGGCAGGAGGGGCUCCAUCCGGACGGGGGCGCGGGUGCUGCGCCGGGUCCGCCGCAGAGGAGGAGGGCAGAUGAAUGAUAGGAGAGGAAAAUGAUAUGGUUCCCUGCAUCAAAUAAGCAGAAACCAGUGAGCAUGAAGUGAGAAAAGAGGGAAUUCUAAAUUAAAGGAUAUCAAAAGAGCACAAGACGACCGAAUACAGAACAAUUGGGAAAGCUCUGAUAUUUCUCAAGGUCCUGCAAACAAUCGCCCUUCAUUCCUUUCAGUCCCAGAAAGAGGAAGGGGAAAGAAUCUUGUUUUUGACAGAUUACCGAAAGAUGGGUGAAUGUAUGGAUCCUAAUUGUAGCAAGGAAUGAGGCCAAAUGAACGUGCAGAACGCUGAAAGAGCAUCGAACUAGGGACAAGAGUUCAUCAACUCCCAGCGUGCCGAAGCCCUUUGAACCCGUGCAGUGUGGAAAGGGGCUCAGAGAUAGCCGAGGUUUAGUGAGCAGCACUGAUCCAGCACUUUGAGGAAGCCACAUCAAUCAUGGAAGGAAGGCUGAUCUUAAGGGCUGUCGGAAGACUUAGAAAAAGCAGCCGGGUGCAGAGUGGAGAGCAGCCGUCGAAAUGCACAGAAUGUGGGACGAGCUUCAGUGGCGCUGGAAAUCAUUCUGGGCAGCAAACAAAGGAUGUAGGGGAGGGGCCAAACAAGUGUAUGGGAUGCAGGAAGGGCCUCCAUGAAAGUGGAGGUCUUAGUAAACAUCAAGGAUUCCACAGUGGAGAUGCACCAUAUUCAUGUACGGAAGGUGGCAAGAGCUUCAGUGUCAGAGGAUCUCUUACAAUCCAUCAAAGAACACACUCUGGGGAGAAGCUGUACACAUGCAUGGAAUGUGGCAAGAGCUUCAGUGGAAGUGGACAUUUAACCAUCCAUCAGAGAAUGCACUCUGGGGAGAAACCAUACACUUGCAUUGAAUGUGGCAAGAGCUUCAGGUGCAGUAGCUAUCUUACCACACAUCAAAAAACGCACUCCGGGGAGAAGCCAUACACAUGCAUGGAAUGUGGCAAGAGCUUCAGCUGCAGUCGUACUCUUACCAUCCAUCACAGGACACACUCUGGGGAGAAGCCAUACACGUGCAUGGAAUGUGGCAAGAGCUUCAGUGUCAAAGGAUCUCUUACCAUGCAUGAAAGAACGCACUCUGGGGAGAAGCCAUACACAUGCAUGGAAUGUGGCAAGAGCUUCAGUGACAGAGGAAAUCUUACACGUCAUCAAAAAACGCACACUGGGGAGAAGCCAUACACAUGCAUGGAAUGUGGCAAGAGCUUCAGAUGCAGUCGUACCCUUACCAUCCAUCACAGAACGCACUCUGGGGAGAAGCCAUACACAUGCAUGGAGUGUGGCAAGAGCUGCAGUGACAGAAGAAAUCUUACAAUCCAUCAAAGAAUGCACACUGGGGAGAAGCCAUACACGUGCAUGGAAUGUGGAAUGAGCUUCAGUCAAAAUGGAAAUCUUAUCAGCCAUCAAAAAACACACACUGGGGAGAAGCCAUACACAUGCAUGGAAUGUGGCAAGAGCUUCAGCCAGAGUAGCCACCUUACCAGUCAUCACAGAACGCACUCCGGGGAGAAGCCAUACACAUGCAUGGAAUGUGGCAAGAGCUUCAGCCAGAGUAGCAAUCUUACCGUCCAUCACAGAACGCACUCCGGGGAGAAGCCAUACACAUGUAUGGAAUGUGGCAAGAGCUUCAGGUGCAGUAGCUAUCUUAUCGAACAUCAAAAAACGCACACUGGGGAAAACCCAUGCACAUGCAUAGAAUGUGGCAAGAGCUUCAGUCAACGGGGGAAGCUUACCAUGCAUCAAAGAAUGCACACUGGGGAGAAGCCAUACACAUGCAUGGAGUGUGGCAAGAGCUUCAGUGACAGAGGAAAUCUUACAAUCCAUCAAAGAAUGCACACUGGGGAGAAGCCAUACACCUGCAUGGAAUGUGGAAUGAGCUUCAGUCAACGGGGACAGCUUACCAUGCAUCAAAGAAUGCACACUGGGGAGAAGCCAUACACAUGCAUUGAAUGUGGCAAGAGCUUCAGUGUCAAAGGAUCUCUUACACUCCAUCAAAGAAUGCACACUGGGGAGAAGCCAUACACAUGCAUGGAAUGUGGAAAAAGCUUCAGUGAUAGAGGAAAUCUUACACGCCAUCAAAAAAUGCACACUGGGGAGAAGCCAUACACAUGCAUGGAAUGUGGCAAGAGCUUCAGUCAAAAUGGAAAUCUUAUCAGCCAUCAAAAAACACACACUGGGGAGAAGCCAUACACAUGCAUGGAAUGUGGCAAGAGCUUCAGCCAGAGUAGCCAUCUUACCAGUCAUCACAGAACGCACUCCGGGGAGAAGCCAUACACAUGCAUGGAAUGUGGCAAGAGCUUCAGGUGCAGUAGCUAUCUUACCGAACAUCAAAAAAU